ACACACGUCAGGAACUCAUUUGGCCAGCAGAGCUCGAUGAGAUCCGUGUAAGCGUUAAAGCGCCGACAUGACUGCUGACAGGAAUUCCGCAUGGUGUAAUCCUCGGUGUGGAAUGGCGCAGGAUGACGUUGUGAUGAAAUGGGAUGGCUUGGUCGUGCUGCAAACCAAAUAUUAGCUCUGCAGCUGCACUGUUUUUCAAUUAAACUAGCUGAAUGCUCCUUCAGUCGUGCAUUAAAAUGAAAAUUUAAUCACGCCAACGGCCAUGGCUGCGAAAUGAAUCACAUUCGCUGACCUGAACCUGAACCCGAACCCGAACCCCACGACUCGAUCCAGUGCAGGAAAAGUGCGAGGCUGGGGCCAUGGAGGCGCAUACGUAUUGUGAGGAAAUAUGUAAUUAAAUUUUUCUCCCGUAUGUCAUGUCUUCGCCUCGGAAAAGCUGAUGGGUUUUUUAUGAAGGCUUUAAGGGGCAGUUUUGGUCCUUCACAGUGUAAGUUAGUAAGAUAUCUGCAUUAAUUCCUUUUGAAAUUUCGGACACCACUCUUCUUAAAGGAAAGAAACAGACUAUAAGUUAUAUUAAA